AUGGGAGCUCGACCGCCUUCGUGCCCAGAGAAGCAGAUAUAUAAAGCACAAGGAAACACACCGAAGUCCGGCACUGAAGGCGGCAAGAAGUACGACCUCAAGGCCAAGUCGACCACACAGGUAAAGCUUAAGGCCGAGCAUCUGAAUAUCGUCUCCGACGCGUACCUUGAAUUCAUUCAGUAUCCCAAGGUGGUCCACUGCACUGACGCCGACACCCACGCUAAAGAGUCAGGCAUUCGCGCGCUCGAGUCCGUCAUCGCAACCAUCAAAGCCAGCAGAGGCAUCGCCACGGGUAAAGAUGGGGAGGAAGAGGAGAAACCACUAAGAAAGUUCAGGCUACUGGCGUCGCAGAGUUCCUCGGGAGGGUCGAAGGGGCAAGAUGAAUAA